AUAACAAAAAUUGAUACUAUUUUGGGAACUCUUAAUGUUUAAAGUUAACUUAGGGCUUUCGAUCUAAUGAUAAAUUGGAAAUUCCUCAGUAAACUGCCAUCAAACUGGCCUGCUGAACAACCCGCCAUCAUCAUCAUCAUCACUCGCAAACAUGGCAAAUUACCACCCACCGCCACGUAAAUCAUCAUAACCAUAUUUCAAUCGCUCCACAGCGAUCUGAAUCCCCCAGCGAUUUGUGCAACUAUUCAAUUGGCCCGACUGGAUGGCAAGGAGGCAUUAAAUUAGCGAAAUCAGGCAGGUAAAAAUAAGGAAAACGAUCGACUUAAGUAAAAGCCGGCCGCCAAAUUGCACAUUUUACAAAUUUACGAACCACUAAGCGGAGCCAGCAGGAUCGCCUUUUUGGCGAAUUUAUUUCUAAAACAACUCUAUCGCGAUCACCUGGCGACGCAGAGCGGCCCAUAAAGCCAACGAUUUAUUGGCCAAGUCGGCAACAAUUUGACAAGCAAAUUGCUAUAAUUUCUGGACCUUGCAAGUGGGGGAAUUCCGCAGUCCCCCAAGCCCCCGAUCACCGAUUCUUCGGCAAGAAUGCUGUGUGGACAUGAGCAGCGCUCUUUUCGCGCUUUUAUCUGCGCAAAUUUAUGCUGGCGAUAAAGCCACAACGACUACUGGACUGGAUCCUCUACUCUGGAGAGGAAGAGCCCAGGUCGGAGGAGGAAUCACGUGGCCCAAGGCUGGCAUCUAAUUGCAUGGCCAUUCGGAUGGAUCGGCGCUGUCCGCUGGAAUUGCCAUAAUUUCGCUGGCUUUACGAGCUGCCAGAGAAUCCCCGAGUCUCCUCCACAUUUCCCCAGCGACCACACAUACAUCAGAACAUCAGAAUCAGAAUUGUCGAGUGCACAAAAGUUUUUGGCGAUCACUUGGACUAUUAAAUCGCAAUUAAAUGCGUGACGUGUGGUCUCCAGGGUACGUAAAUCCCAGGGAAGAAAACGCCGAAAUGGCAAUCAUCAUUAAAAAUGCAAAAGGCAUAAAAUUGGCCAGAAAGAAGCCCAGAAAUAUAAAUGAUUUCCUUGGGCCUCAUCAAAGGCGGCGAUAAGGAAGUAUUCUCCUUUUCGUUCGAGUCGUAAAAUAUCCGUCGAAAACUCCGACGACAGCGUCAUAAAAAUUAAAAGAAAAUCACAAUCUUGGUUUGUUUCUGUCGCCUUUGUUUGUCGUUUCCUCAAAUUUAAUAUCAUACCGUACUGUCCAGCGAAAUAAGCCUCUUUGAAAAGUGACCAGGACGGAGUUUCGCACUAAUUGUUGCUCAGUGCGUGCAUUUGGGAAUUACGGCAGUUGGGCUUUUGAUGGCACUUAGAAAGCCGUUAAUCCUAAUUUUAUGCAUCCAGUCUGUUGGCCUGGCCAAGCCAAUUUAAUGGCUCACUUCCCAUGGCUCAUAAUAAUGUUGAUUCCUUGCUGAUUCAUAAAUAUGCGUUAGGAGGGGAAAAAGGGCAUACAAAUGGGUGGGGAGAUGGGUUCAUUUACAGGUCCCCAAAGCAACAAAUUAGGACUGGAACCAGCGGGAUGGUCAUGGUUUUUUUUUUAAGUUUUCGAAAAAAGCUAAAUUUGUCAAAGUCAACUACCAUUUUAAAUCCACUUACAAGAAUUACUUAAAUUUCAAAAGCCCGUUUUGGCUUCUGCGGGACAUUUUCUAACACUAACUUUUAGAGACGAUCUGAUUAAGCAUCGAUAGCAGGCUUAUCGGUAUAUAAGUUAAUCGUCAUCAAGGAAUUUUGGAGCACUUUCCUUCACUGAAGUAGGCGAAAUAGUUGUUGAGUUAUCGAACGAAUGAAAACAUUUAUAAAAAAUGUACGGAGAAACUACGCUAAAUAAGAACCACGUAAUUAAAUUUAUCAGAUUGAAAAUUAACCACUGCUUGGGCUGCGAUGAAGUGGAGAUAAACUUCUCGACAGCGGACAAUGUCCACAUAAUCAUCUACAGUUUGGCCAAGGAUCUGGCCAAGGACCUACCGGCUGUAACGCCCGUGGCCCAGGCCAUCCUACUCCUAUGCUCCCUUACCUAUCCGGAUUCAGAUAGUCUUCAGACGAUUCCGCAGCUGGAAAUCGGCAAGGGAAGUGUCUCGAUGAGCUUCAAAGUCGAUCCCGUGGAUAAGGAAAAUGAGACGGAUCCAGAGUCGGAGAGCGACCUGGAUGAGGGGCCCUCCACCUCGAAACAGGCCCUGGAGCGACUGGAGCAGCGUGCGGUGCGCAAGGCCAAGGAGGCGUCCUUAAGGAACCUGCAUUCCAAAAGCAUCUUUGUGACCGUAGAGCGCAGAUUCGAUAUGUACUUCGCCCUGGACACCGUUUCCUAUUAUAUAAACGGCGGCAAACGCCAAACGUGCCGCCUCCCGGAGUUCCACGCCAAGUUCUUUGUGCGGCCCCAGUACUCGAUCAAUCUCCUGAGGCAGCUGCACGAGAAGUGCUCCGGAAACUGGCUAAAGGUCAUCCAAAGCGACGGCGAUGGUGACGCCUUCAAAAAGUUCAAAGACCCCGACAGCCCGUUCGAGACCUUUGUCAAGCUCUUUGAAAGUAACCCCAUCAAAUCAAACGAUACGAUUGGCAAGUUGGCCAAAACAUGCCUGCACGUCAAUGAGGCAGUGCGUCUGACGGAGCGCGAAUUCAUACUGGAGGUCUUCAACCAGGUGCGCCACAUAUUCGAGUACAUCACGGCCCAGGAGUACACCGUGUGGUUUCUGGUCCCUUGCCUGGGUGACAACGACCAGCUGCGUUCCAAGACCCUCGAAGACUUCGAUUUGACCAAAGUGCGAACGUCUAUUCGUCCAGCCGGUGACACCACCAACAUUUGGUGGGAUCAUACUGAUCACAACAUCAAGGACAUUCUAUUGGUGGCCUUCCAAUUGGACCUGGCCACCCAUGUCAAUCAGUCGGUUCUCGUUAUCAGCCAUUUGGAAACGCUGGCGGAGUUUUCCACUAUGCAAUAUGUGACGGCCUUCUUUAUGAACGACUUCUACGCCAAGAAAAACACGGAGCCCAAAUGGAUCUGCCACCGCUACUUGGAGCGCAUCAUUGAUGUGGCCUUGUUCCUGGGCGUCAUCGUCAUCAUCGAAUACCCAAGUGCAUUCACUCUGUUGCAGGAGGGUCGCCACUUGAUCAAGUGCUUCCAGAAGGAUGAUCCCGAAUCCUCCAGCACCUCCCAAUGGGAAAUAUUCGAAGAUGUGGUCAAGGAGAGCGAGUCCGACCUCGAGUUUCUCAAGGAGGCGGUGGGCAAAGUCCAGCAGAACGUGUAGUCUUCAAGAGAAUACACUAGCUUCGCCUCGAACAAAUUUCAUUUAUCUGCCGUCUGCGGCUUUCACACGCAAAUAUUUCCAUGCUCAUUUUCUAAUUACGCCACAGCUCACGGUCCAACUUCACUCCGGCUGCACAUCCAUUCUUCAGCUCCAUUUCAAUUAGGGUUUUGCCGGCUGUCAGUUCGAGUGCCACUGGCGGAGCAGCCGAGGGCCCUUGCACCACCAUCUGCGCCGACCCACAAACAGCAACUACAAUGGCUGUCAGACGAGAAGCACGCGUCAUUUGCCGGCGAAAUGCAUUUGCGCUAACCAAGAGCAUUUUUAGCCAAAAUCACCCGGUGACCCAGUUGCAAAGCCAAGAGCCCGGAGAUACAUCCUGAUGGAAUGCUGACUGACUGGCGGACGGACUUGAGUGAUUGGCGGUUACUGGGGCAAUUAUUUUGGACGCUGAUGGGUUCCAUCAUUCUUUUGCAAACACAAUCUUUAGUUAUACAUUCUAUAUACAUAUAUUCUACACAAGAGCAAGCGAGGCGAAGAUUUUCCAUACUAUAUUAUUAUUAUUAAUCUAUUACACCAUUCACAUAAUCAUAUAGAGAUGUACGAUAUAUUUUAUAUCU